UUGCUCCCUCGCAUCUAUAAAUAUAACAGAAUUCUUUAAAAAGAAGGAUACCAAGAGAGAUUUCUCUUUCAAAUCCUAUGCUUGUGUGCAUGAUUCUGACCGCGGAUCUUUUGGUGCAGCGAUGGACUUUGGUCAGAAUCCCCACGAAAGAGCUGCGCCUCAAAGGGGAGAGAAAUCUAAGAGGAGAAAGGGGGAAAACUCUAAGGAGAUGCCUCCAGUUUUGAUUUUAAAUAAAACUGACGAUUUGGUGAAUAGAGUCGAAAAAGCCCUACAAAAAGAGGAAAAUGCGAGAUACAAAAGAAUAAGAAUGUAUCUACAUCAGCCAGAUUCAGAGAAGUACAAGGUUUCUAAUUUACCUGCAAGAAAAAUUCAGAUUGGCAAUUGGCAGAGAACCACAGACAAGGAUGACGAUCUAGUUGUCAAGUUUUUCUUUAGAAUGAAGUUACUUGCGUGGGAGAUACAUGAAGGCGGCCUGACGAAAAAAAUAGAGAUGCGAUGGAAAGAUGUAUCUGCACUUAGAGCCACAUGUUCUGAAGGGCAUCCUAGCAUUCUCAAUGUUGAGCUGGAAAAUCCACCAAAUUUUUUUGUUGAAGAUGAUCCCCAACCGAGGAGGCAUAGAAAGUGGAUAGAGAUCCCAGAUUUUACAAAUGGUGAAGCUCAAAGAUGCAGGAUACAUACCCUUACAAUUCCAGAAGGGAUUCUAAAGGAACACUAUGACAAGCUUAUUCACAAUGAUGGCUUGCUGUUUUGCAUGAAUGGGUGGUCAUUCCCUAUAAAGAAUUCUCCCUUCUCCAAUCCAACUCAAUCUCAAGCUUCUUCUUCUUCUUCGUUUAUUACAUCAUCCGCUGUUCAUAAGUCGUUGAUGAACACAGGCAGAAACUCGCUUAUACCAGGAAGCAACUUCCACUCUACUAAUGCUAAUGCCCAAAUGAACUCUCGUAUGGGGGCUUAUUCAACUCCAGCUUCCAAUGGAUACCCUAGAAGGGUCUUAUGUAUUCCAGGUUCAAAUUUCAAUUGCUCAUCCCUCAGUGAAGUUGCCGGAGGGAUUCAAACAUCACGCGGUAUAUGUCGAGCAUCCAUUGAUGAAAAUGCCCAAAGUCAUAUGUCUAUGAUGACAAUGCCAUCACAAUCAGUGAACAACCCCCAUCCUACUAAUGCCAAUGGUCAAAUGAACUCUGGCCUCAAUUAUCGGUCUUUUACAACAAAUGUCAAUGCUCAAGAACCAGGCCCAUUUGUACGCGAGUCAUCGAUGAUCACAAAUAAAGAAUUGUGUUGA